GCGGUCGAAUUGUUUGAUGUCCUUGAAGAGGUCAAAUUUUCUUGUCUUGGUUCCCGAGAUUUCGCUUUCUAUUUUUCAUAUUUUCCGUACUUUUGAAAAUAAUUUACUGUUCAAAACGGUGAUUUUUUUUCGGUUAGCUUGUCAUAUUUUUAAAUUAUUCUUGUUGGUCAUUUUUCACUCAAAGGGUAAUUACUAGUAGACUACCAGUAAACCAGCUGGUUUUCAGUUAUCACCUUGUAAAUUUCCCAGUUGUUGGGAUCCGUUUUACUCGUCAAGGUAAACUGAGAUCGAUUUACCUGUGAUAUGUUUCAUUGAUAUUACGUUUAUCCGAUCUCUGCUGUUUUUAUCUGGUCGUACUAUUGUACAUUUGGGGAAAUUUUGGAGUUUUUUGUGCCAUUUCUACCGAAUUUUCUACUGUGGCUUCAUCAAAACGUACGAAAGCUUGCUCAUAAUAGGGAGACGGGUGGUAUGGUAAUUUUAGUCGACUGACAUGUGUCAGGCUCUAUUUGGUGACAUACUGGUAGAACUAAUCAAUAUGGAGCUUGCCACAAAUACCCGAAUCUGUCAUUUUGUAUUGUGAUAAUAUGCUUCUCUGUAUGCUCAACGUACUCAUAUUUUAUUUGAUCCUUGUCUGAAAAGCGGUUUUCUUAGUAGUUCAAGUAUUUUUUUUAGUUAUUGUCAUUAUUGAAGGAAUAUCGAGGUCAAGUAAUGCAUUCGCUUUUAGCUAUCAAGUUUAUCUUGUGACAGUGCCUUUAAAUGGAUCAGAAUUAUUCUUGUAUUCGUCGCCUAAACCCAUUGUAUACCAAGUGUUGUUUUUUAUUGUUGAUCAGGAAAACAACCAGUUUAUUCAAACACUAUAAUUGGCAGCUACUGGUCUGUGGCUGUUUAAAAUUCACUAACGUGAUUUUAAAAAAUAUGGAUCAUAGUCAAAGACCACAGACUAAAAGGCAAUCCUAAACCAUAUCUAGAUAAAAAUUGUGUACCUAUUCCUCUCAGUGUCCACUGAGUUCUUUCUCAAAUGCAUCUUUGAGGCUUCCAUCUUUAUGUUGUACUCUGACAAGCGUACCUCUUUUAAUAUAAUCCGUAAGUAUUUAGGCAAUACGUCUUGGCACAGGUUUUAGCUAAGUGCUCAAACUCAGGCUUCAGUUAAACUUGAAUUACUGUUGUUAAUUUUGUUACUCCUGAAGCGUGACUACAAAAUUUAACAGAAAUACUUGAAUUCCAUCAUGUUUAUUUCGCGAGUUCUCACGCUGUUUCCAGUGUAUGAUGUGCGAUGUUAAACCUUAUACCUGCACCAAACAUCCAUGAAUCAUGAUUAGAUGUUUUUUGGUCUUACUACUUAAAUCAGCAGCUUAGUUCAUAGUAUAAACAAUGAUUGGAUGUGAUAUCCGUGUGAUAUUUUCAAAUGAAAACAACUUAUGCAGAACUAAUAACCAGUAAUUUCUUCAUGUUAGAUAACUUAAUCAACAUCUUACCAAUAAGUUCUUUUUCUUUAUUUUAGUACUUCCAACUUAUUGAAUAUGCUCUAGAUAAAUCAAUCAGAUUUAACAUUUCAUUACAACCGCAUAAAGAUGGUGAAUGAAAUUUUCAAUGUAAUAUGUAUUCAACAUUUCACUCAUUUGUAUUAUCAAUCACUUCAUAUGUGACUGUUAUCAAUUAAUUAUAACACCUAUUACAUUAAACAAUAUGAUCAUUUUACAAAUUUAUGUGCAUUUACUUAAAUUAUCAUCAUUAUCGCUAAUCUCCAUUUUACUAGUAUCUUCUACUAAUUUAUCUUAUCCUACAAAUUCUGUUAAGAGUUUAUUGCCUAGACAAAAUAUCAUUUCUCCAGAAGAUCACUUAAUUGAAAUUAUUUCUAAUAAUUCUAUAAAUUAUGGUUGUGAUUUUAAUAAACUGCAGUUUUGUUCAUAUGAACAUUCAUCUGAUUGGAGUUUUCAGUUAAGUUUAACAGAAUUUGCUUUAAAAAUGAAAGAGGCAGCUGAAACAGCUGCUAAAGUUGUUCAAAAUUUUCAAGAAACAUUGUCACAAAACAAUAAUACCAACAAUACCACAAGGACCCAGGCUAAAAUAUCAUCAAAUCAAUAUGGGAAUUUCCCAUCUAUUAUUAUUCCAACAGUCAAUUAUUUCCCAUGUUCCACUAAUCAUAAUCAAUAUUCCUAUAUAAAAUUACCAAUUCAUUGGCCUAAAUAUUUUAUAACACAUCAACCAAUUAUACCAAUUGAUGUAACAAUAUCUAAUUUAAGUCAAUCAUCAUCUACUAUGAUUACAUCAUCACAAUUAUCCAGACAAAAACGUUCCAUUAUUUAUCAUCAUCAUCAUCCAAUAAAUCAAUCAUCAAAUCAAUCUAUUCCAUUAUAUAGAUUUUCUAAAUUAUAUCCAAUAGCUUGUUUACAAUUAAAAAUACAAUUUCUAUCUAAUAAUCAUAAUGAGGAUAAUGAUAAUAGAUUAGAUAGUCAAAUUGUUUUAAGUUUAGGUUCAAAUAAACAAACAAUUCGAAAUGUGUUCAAUAUUGAAGAAUUAUAUGCAAAUGCAUAUUAUGAAGAUUACAAUGAUGAUGAUGAUGAUCAUCAUCAUCUUAGGGAAAAUAGUGAGACAUCAUCACAUACUUCAUCUCCUCCUCUAUCAAGUAAAUCAUCUAGAAUAGAUUGGUCAAUAAUACGUCAAGAAAUAUCUGAUUUAAAAAAUAAUACAUUACCAUACAAUGUAUGGAUUAAUGUUUCAAUGCCUGUCUAUCCUACCACUAUCACUACUACUACUACUACUACUACUACUACUGAUCUUAAUACACUCUAUAAUCAAACUAAUCAUCAUUAUAAUGAAUAUGUAAAUCCUUCCAAACUUCAUGAGACCGUCUUAGAACAAUCUGAUCAUUGGAUUGCUAUAGAUUCUAUACAAUUAUUAUCUAUAUACAGUACAAAUAAUGUAUGCAUUGAUGAUAUCCUAUUGUAUACACAUCAGAAUAGACAAUUCUUAAAAUCAACAUGUCAGAAUAAAUUAAUUUGGAUUAGUAAUAAUAAACAAUCGAAUCAUUCUAUACAAAUUUUAUAUCUUAAUUCAAAUGGUUAUCCAAUAUUAUUGAAUAGAACUAAUUCAUCAUCAUUAUCUAGUCAAUCAAAUCAUCAUCAUCAUCAUCAUAAGAAGAAAGAUAGAAAUAAUUUCAUUCUACAAUCUUUUAAAUCAAUCUAUUCAAAGAAAUAUCCAAUCUAUCGUAGUGUACAUAUGAUAUGGAUAGCUGGUUCAUUAUUAUUAGCAGUAUUUAUUACAUUUUUAGCUAUUUUAUUUAUUAUUACAUUUAGUUUAUCAGUUAUGUGUAAUCAACGUAAAACUAUCAACACUAUUCAUUUGAGUACUACUAAUUCAACUACUGAAAAUAAUAUAAGUAGUCGAAAUGAAAAAUGUAAAAAUAAUAUGCCAUUAUUGUAUGAACCACAUAAUCGUCGAAAAUUCUAUUUAAAUCAUUAUAAUAAAGAGAAUUGUAAUAAUGAAUUAUUAAGAAUUUUACCAAAUAAUUUAUCGAAUAAUUCAUUUUUAAUAGAUUUACAUAAUCAUUUAUCUUCAUCAUCAUUACAUGGUUUAUUAAAUCAUCAUCAAAAUGAAGGAAAACAACAAAAUAAUUCACAACAGAUUAUUAUUACAUCAACAACACAUCAACAAUUUGUAGAUGAUAAUUCAACGGAACUUAGUUUAUGUAUGCAAGAUGAUAAAAAUGAAUUUCUUCGUUCAAUUGAUAGAAAAAUUGUUGACAAUUCAGAUGUAUCUACAACAAGUGCUAUACAAUUAUUACGUAAUUGGAAUUUUUAUAAACAACGUAGUACAUCCUCACCAUUUAGUUCUUCAUCUAAUAAUAAUAAUCCUAUAAAACAAUCCAAUGUAAAACAUAAUACAUCAAUGUUAUUAUAUAUGGAUCAUCAUCAUGAUCAGCCAUUAUUUGGAAAAGGUUAUACUCAUUCUAAUAUAAUAGCCAAUAAUCUUAACAGAUCAAAUUUCAAUGAUAAAUUAGAAGAGAAUGUUAUGUAUCGAUGUCAAUCAAGAAAUGAUACAUCGAAUUUACCUACAAUAUCAAAUAUACGUCAAUCUUUAAUAUUAUCCAUUAAUGAUAAGAAUGAAUUCAUUCUAUUACCAUCAUCGAAUGCUAUGAAUCAGAAUGAACCGAAUCCAAUAUCAUCAACCAUGAAUAAUCAUAGUAGUACAUUAGGUAUGUUAAAUAGUUUAUCUGAAGAAGAUGCUGAAGCAACACGUUUAGAAAUGGCAGCUUCUGUUGGUGCAUUAGAUCAACAAUAUUUACAACAUAAUAACAGUAAUAAUAAUAAUAAUGAUAAUACAUUAGAUCAUUUAGAUUAUACUUUAUCAACUAUACCACAUUCAUCAUUUAUUAGAAAUGAUAAUGAAAGACCACCCCCUAGUUAUCAUGAUUCAUCACCUUAGAAUUUAGCAUUUCUAAUUGAUUGUUUCCCCCCCCCUCCGUUUUUUUUCUAUUCGAAAAAUGAAUUUCUUUAAUAAUCUUUUAGUGAUCACACUGUUUUUUUUUGGUGGUAGAGGAGGGGGCAGUAGGUAGAUAAUGGGAUCAAAAUGUUUUCCUCUACCUACCCCAUCUCUUUUAUCUUGAUUGAUUUAUUACUUACUUUUAUAGACUUCUCUUUGAUUAACUUAGAACAUGAUUGACAAAUAUGUUAGAUGAUUUAAUUUAGUGUAAUAGAACUUUUCUCAACUAGUAAUAAGGCAGUGAAUUAUCUAAUCUCUAGAUCGAAUCAUUUUCAUCAUCAUCAUCAUCCUAUUCGUAUUGAAGAUAAGCAAUUCAUUUGACAAAUUCACUUUAUGUAAUACAGAAAUCGGUUCAAAUUUCUAUUUCCUUUCUUUAUAUUAUUAUACUUUUGUCAAUGAGACUAGUUGGAUUUUGUUUUUAAUGAAUAAAAAGUGAUUAGGAUUUUACAAUUUUGUUGUGUUUUUUUAUUAUUAUUAUGUCUAUGUGAUGUAAUUAUCCUUUUUUUGUGAAGAAUUUUUUCCCUGUUCACUAAGAAUAGUCAAUUUCUUUUUUAUCGUCCUAGAUACUAAAUCCAUAAAUUGUAUGCACCCAUAAACAUACACACACACACACACACAGUCUCUUGGCGGCAGUUGGUUUCUAUCAUCUCUCUCUCUCUCUGUGUGUGUAUAUGUGUAUUUGUCCUACUAGUAAUAUUCCUACUAUAUAAAGUGUUCUUGUUACUGAAUUACACAUUUUGUUACUUGAUUUAUACUGCUUUUUUGCUUAGGUAGAACAAUGUUUUCUUAUUUAAAUUAAAGUAAUAUAAAUAUCGAAUGUAAUUUUAGUUAAUCCAACCGCAUACAUAGUUGCUUACCAGUCCCUGUGACUUCACUUUUAUGACAUCAGUGGUGGUGAUGGUGAUGUCGUCGUGGGGGUGUAUGUGUGCAUGGAUUAUAUUUUAAAAUUUGUUUACUUUAUUUCUAUUUAUUUACACUUUUUUUCGAGAACAAAAAUUUAUCUAUUUACAACAAAAUUAUUGAUAGAAUUCAAUGAUUUAAUUUAUUCAACACGUCCCCCCCCGCUUGUUUAAAACAAACAAACAAACGAACAUCGAAAUGCUUGAACCUUCAAUGGAUUAGGUAAAUAAUUGUUGUUGUUUAUUUAUUGAUUUCUUGUUUGGAAUUUUGUUUCAUUUCUAUUUGUAAAUAACAAUAAUAUUAUAUAAUCCAGUCAAACAAUCAGAAUAAAACGUUUUUUUUU